UGCAUUGUGAUGCAAGCAGCAUAGGUUUUGGAGCAGUGCUAUUGCAGCGGCAGGACGAUGAAAGGUUUCACCCAAUAUCAUAUUUCUCCAAAACAGCAACAAGUGCAGAAUCAAAAUACCACAGUUUUGAGCUGGAGACGCUAGCAAUCAUAUAUGCAUUGAGACGGUUUAGGACUUACUUAGAGGGUAUUCCCUUCACAAUAGUAACUGAUUGCAACUCACUAACCUUAACUCUUGAUAGGAGGCAGCUUAAUCCCAGAAUAGCUAGGUGGGCCCUUGAAUUAGAGAACUUUAAUUAUAAAAUAAGACAUAAGCGAGGUGCUGCGAUGGGCCACGUCGAUGCAUUAAGCAGGAGACAGAUAGGUUUAAUCAUAGAUGUGGAUGAUAUCCAAUUCCAAAUACAAGUCGCACAAGAGCGAGAUAACCAUGUUAAGACUAUACGAGACCGUUUGGAACGCGAAAAUGUCACUGACUAUGAUCUAAUGGACGGGGUUGUUUACAAAAGAAAUCAAGACGGGAAGAUGGCCCUAUACGUACCUCAUGAGAUGGAGUCUAAUGUCAUACGCGUGAUACAUGAAAAAAUGGGUCAUUUAGCAACUGAAAAGACACAUGAGAAGCUAAAAUUGUACUACUGGUUUCCCAAUAUGAGAUUAAAAGUGGAAAGGUUUGUAAGAAAUUGUCUGAAGUGCAUAAUGUAUGCCACACCCCCACAGAAUAAGGAAAGAACUUUGUAUCCCAUCUCCAAAACUGCUUUGCCAUUUGAUACGAUCCACUUGGAUCAUUUUGGACCAUUACCAUCGAUUAGAUCUAAACGUAAACACAUUUUAGUUGUUGUUGAUGGUUUCACAAAAUUCGUAAAACUUUAUCCGUGUAAUACAACAAGCGCUAAGGAAGUUAUUAAUGCUCUUGACAAGUACUUUAGUUAUUAUAGUAGACCAAGGAGAAUUGUGACUGACCGAGGAACCUGUUUCACCUCUUUAGAAUUUAGUUCAUUUUUAACGAAACGAAAUGUAAGUCAUAUAAAAGUCGCUGUAGCUUCUCCACAGGCAAAUGGUCAGGUAGAAAGAGUAAAUAGAGUUCUAAAGACGAUGCUGGGUAAACUGACGGAUGAAAUUAAGCAUGACGACUGGGUUAGUAAAUUACUUGAGGUGGAAUAUGCCAUGAAUAACUCAAUUCACAGUACCUGUAGGGAUACUCCCAGUCGACUCUUGUUUGGCGUGGAACAAAGGGGAGUAAUAGUGGAUGAGUUUACCGAAUACUUUCAGGAUAUGUUGUGUCCUGAUUACGAACGAGAUCUUACCCAGAUACGAGACAGAGCAUCUAAGGCUAUUACAGCUAGGCAGGAGUAUGACGUUAAGCGGGCUUCAAAGGGUAGCCCUAGUACCCAGUACAUCCCAGGUGAUUAUGUGGUCAUAAGGAAUGUAGACACCACGGCUGGUAGUAACAAGAAAUUUAUACCCCGAUAUCGAGGUCCUUAUGUCAUUCACAAAAGUUUAGGAAACGACAGGUAUGUUGUCCGCGACAUUGGCGGUUGUCAGCUCACCCAGCUUCCGUAUGAUGGGGUUAUCGAGGCUCACCGCAUAAAAAGGUGGGUUCAGCAACCCGAUGAAUGCAUAGAGUUGGAAAGUGAUCCCCUAAGAGAUUAUUCUGAGUUUGAUGAACCGCGAAUGAUCGAGGGCGAUCACUUAUCAGGUUUGGCCGAGUUGUAA